CCAAAGUCUGUAUUGCAAGACGGGAUUCACAGGCAUUAUGUGACAAAACUGUCUUGCUGCCUUCUGUUUUCUUUUUCUGUGUCCUGUGUAGCUGCAUUGUUUGUUGCAGUAUAUGCAUUAGCUGUUGUCUAUGUUCAGUUUCCUGCAGGCUGACAAAGUGGGAGGGGCUUUGUUUGUUACAUAGCUGAGUUUUCACUGUGUGAGUUCUUGAGUGCACAUUGCAGCCAUCUUAAUUACACUUUUGUGCAAGUGAGACUGUGCAGCUGUCUCAAAAUGGCUGCUAACCUAGUCUUUGUAGCUGCUUAGGCAGCAAGUAUGUCAGUGAGGAGACUUGUCACAUGCAUCAGGACCAGAGAUUCAGAAUGGACAGUUUAGAAGAACCUCAGAAAAAAGUCUUUAAGGCUCGAAAAACGAUGAGAGUGAGUGAUCGUCAGCAACUUGAAGCGGUGUACAAGGUCAAAGAAGAACUGUUGAAAACUGAUGUCAAGCUGUUAAAUGGCAACCAUGAAAAUGGAGAUUUGGACCCAACCUCACCUUUGGAAAAUAUGGAUUACAUUAAAGACAAGGAAGAGGUGAAUGGCAUUGAAGAGAUUUGUUUUGAUCCUGAAGGAAGUAAAGCAGAAUGGAAGGAAACACCCUGUAUCCUAAGUGUUAAUGUAAAAAACAAACAGGAUGAUGAUUUAAAUUGUGAACCUUUGUCUCCCCAUAAUAUAACUCCAGAACCAGUCUCUAAACUGCCUGCUGAACCAGUUUCUGGUGAUCCAGCCCCUGGUGAUCUGGAUGCCGGAGAUCCAGCCUCCAGAGUACUGGCCUCUGGUGAUUCCACCUCUGGUGAUCCCACCUCUAGCGAGCCCUCCUCUAGUGAUGCUGCCUCUGGUGAUGCAACCUCUGGUGAUGCCCCUUCUGGUGAUGUGUCCCCUGGUGAUGCCACCUCUGGUGAUGCCACUGCUGAUGAUCUCUCCUCUGGUGAUCCCACCUCUAGUGAUCCCAUCCCAGGUGAACCGGUCCCUGUUGAACCCAUUUCUGGUGAUUGUACCGCUGGUGAUAUAGCCUCUAGUGAAAUAACUUCUGUUGAUCUGGCUUCUGGAGCACCAGCUUCCACUGAUCCAGCCUCUGAUGAUCUGGCCUCUGGUGAUCUAUCCUCUAGUGAACUGGCCUCUGAUGAUCUGGCCACUGGUGAACUGGCCUCUGAUGAGCUGACUUCUGAAUCAACCUUCGAUCGUACCGUUGAACCAAAUUCUGUACCAGUUUGUGAACCAGUUCCUGAAAUUGACCAUAUAGAACCAAGUAGCAAUAAAGAUGAUGAUUUUCUUGAAAAAAAUGGGGCUGAUGAAAAAUUAGAGCAAAUUCAGAGUAAAGACUCAUUGGAUGAGAAAAAUAAAGCUGAUAAUAAUAUUGAUGCUAAUGAAGAAACUCUAGAAACAGAUGAUACAACUAUUUGUUCAGAUCGACCUCCUGAAAAUGAAAAGAAGGUAGAGGAAGAUAUUAUCACAGAGCUUGCUCUUGGAGAAGAUGCUAUAUCUAGCAGUAUGGAAAUUGACCAAGGUGAAAAGAAUGAAGAUGAAACUUCUGCAGAUCUUGUAGAAGCGAUUAAUGAAAAUGUUAUUGAAGAUGACAAAAGUGAGAGUAUCUUAGAAAAUACAGACUCUAUGGAGACAGAUGAAAUCAUUCCUAUUUUGGAAAAGCUUGCACCUUCUGAGGAUGAACUUACUUGCUUUUCUAAAACAUCUCUCCUUCCAAUCGAUGAGACAAAUCCAGAUUUGGAAGAGAAAAUGGAAAGUUCUUUUGGUUCACCAUCUAAACAAGAAAGUAGUGAGAGUUUGCCAAAAGAAGCCUUUCUGGUCCUCUCUGAUGAAGAGGAUAUUUCAGGUGAAAAAGAUGAGUCUGAAGUUAUAUCGCAAAAUGAAACGUGCUCUCCAGCAGAAGUAGAAAGUAAUGAAAAGGACAACAAACCUGAGGAAGAAGAGCAAGUAAUACAUGAAGAUGAUGAAAGACCUUCUGAGAAAAAUGAAUUUUCUAGACGAAAACGUUCUAAAUCAGAAGACAUGGACAAUGUACAGUCUAAACGUCGUCGAUAUAUGGAAGAAGAAUAUGAGGCAGAAUUUCAAGUAAAGAUUACAGCCAAAGGAGACAUUAACCAGAAACUUCAAAAGGUUAUACAGUGGUUGCUGGAAGAAAAAUUGUGUGCGCUGCAGUGUGCUGUGUUUGAUAAGACUUUGGCAGAAUUGAAAACACGAGUGGAAAAGAUUGAAUGUAACAAGAGGCAUAAAACAGUUCUCACUGAACUACAGGCCAAGAUAGCCAGGUUAACCAAACGCUUUGAAGCAGCCAAAGAAGAUCUUAAGAAAAGACAUGAACAUCCACCCAACCCACCAGUAUCACCAGGAAAAACUGUAAAUGAUGUCAACAGCAAUAAUAACAUGUCUUACAGAAAUGCAGGCACAGUGAGACAGAUGCUGGAGUCCAAAAGAAAUGUAAGCGAGAGUGCACCACCAUCCUUUCAAACUCCUGUGAAUACAGUAUCUUCAACCAAUCUUGUCACUCCUCCAGCAGUUGUCAGUAGUCAACCUAAAUUGCAGACUCCAGUGACUUCGGGUUCCCUCACAGCAACGUCAGUUCUUCCUGCACCCAAUACAGCUACUGUAGUUGCUACUACUCAGGUGCCUAGUGGAAAUCCCCAGCCUACAAUCUCUUUACAGCCUUUGCCAGUGAUUUUGCAUGUACCUGUUGCAGUAUCCUCCCAGCCUCAGCUUCUACAGAGCCAUCCAGGGACUUUGGUGACUAAUCAACCAUCUGGCAAUGUUGAAUUCAUUUCUGUGCAAAGCCCACCUACAGUGAGUGGUCUUACCAAAAAUCCAGUAUCCUUGCCAUCCUUGCCAAAUCCCACUAAACCAAACAACGUUCCUUCUGUGCCCAGUCCUAGUAUUCAAAGGAACCCUACUGCCAGUGCUGCACCAUUGGGAACAACACUUGCUGUGCAGGCUGUUCCAACGGCACACUCUAUUGUACAAGCCACAAGGACUUCUUUACCCACAGUGGGCCCAUCAGGACUCUAUAGUCCAUCAACUAAUCGAGGUCCUAUACAGAUGAAAAUUCCAAUUUCUGCAUUUAGUACUUCGUCUGCUGCAGAACAGAACAGCAAUACCACCCCAAGAAUUGAAAACCAGACAAACAAAACAAUAGAUGCUUCUGUCAGUAAGAAAGCAGCUGAUAGCACAUCACAGAGUGGAAAAGCCACUGGCAGUGAUUCAAGUGGUGUCAUUGAUCUCACAAUGGAUGAUGAAGAGAGUGGAGCUUCACAAGACCCCAAAAAGCUAAAUCACACUCCUGUAUCAACCAUGAGUUCUUCUCAGCCUGUGUCACGACCAUUGCAACCCAUACAACCAGCACCGCCUCUUCAACCAUCUGGGGUGCCAACAAGUGGACCAUCUCAGACCACCAUACACUUACUACCUACAGCUCCAACUACCGUGAAUGUAACACAUCGUCCAGUAACUCAGGUGACCACAAGACUCCCUGUACCAAGAGCUCCUGCAAACCACCAGGUGGUUUAUACAACUCUUCCUGCACCACCAGCUCAGGCUCCCUUGCGAGGAACUGUUAUGCAGGCUCCUGCUGUUCGGCAGGUCAAUCCCCAAAAUAGUGUUACAGUUCGAGUGCCUCAAACAACCACAUAUGUUGUAAACAAUGGACUAACCCUGGGAUCAACAGGACCUCAGCUCACAGUGCAUCACCGACCACCACAAGUGCAUACUGAGCCCCCACGCCCUGUGCACCCAGCACCCUUACCAGAAGCUCCACAACCACAGCGUCUGCCCCCAGAAGCUGCCAGCACAUCUCUGCCUCAGAAGCCACACUUGAAGUUAGCACGAGUUCAGAGUCAAAAUGGCAUAGUACUGUCAUGGAGUGUCCUGGAGGUGGAUCGAAGCUGUGCCACUGUUGAUAGCUACCAUCUCUAUGCUUACCAUGAGGAACCCAGUGCCACUGUGCCCUCACAAUGGAAAAAGAUUGGGGAAGUCAAGGCACUUCCCUUGCCCAUGGCAUGUACUCUCACCCAGUUUGUAUCUGGUAGCAAAUACUACUUUGCAGUACGAGCCAAGGAUAUUUAUGGACGUUUUGGGCCUUUCUGUGAUCCUCAGUCAACAGAUGUGAUCUCUUCUACCCAGAGCAGUUAAACCUUGGAGCCUUUAUAUUUUCCUCUUUUAAAAUUUCCACCUUUUGGUCUUGUUUUUAAUCUUGUGCAUGAUACCCCAUGUAAAAUCCACCUUGUGCAAGAUUUCUUGGACAGAUGUGUGUAUACACUACAUUUGUUUAUAACCGGAAGCAAAAUAAACUUAGCCCACAAAGCUAGAAUCUUUUCCCGGACAGUUUAGGCUUUGGGGUUUGGAAAUGUAAA